AUGGGGACUCCCGAAUUCCAAGAACGGGGUGCAACCCUCAGCGUUGGCCAGAGGUGUUGGCCAGCCCUGGGGGGGGGGGCAAGCCCUCCCCCCUUUUCUCACUGCCCCCCUCCUUCUACCACCCCACCCGCAGGAGACUUCGCAGCCCUGCUCCACGCCGGCCUGAGCGUCAAGAGGGCCCUUCUACUCAACUUCGUGAGCGCCCUCACGGCCUUCCUCGGGCUCUACAUCGCCCUGUCGGUCAGCACCGGGGAGGAGUUCGAGGCAUGGAUCUUCACGGUGGCCACGGGCCUCUUCCUCUACGUGGCCUUGUGCGAUAUGCUUCCGGCCCUGAUGAACGUGAAGGACAAACGUCCCUGGUUGCUUUUCGCCCUGCAGAACCUGGGCCUCCUGUCCGGCUGGGCGAUCCUUCUGGUGCUUUCCCUCUUCGAGGAGAAUAUCACCCUUUAAACUGCAACCCCCCCUCG